CGAAGCUGUCACAGAAGGAAUGACAACAUAAAUGUCAAUUUUCAAUCGUCGCGACUCGCGAGUUGAGCAGCCGAAUAUUUAAUUUACCAUUAUUUUAUUGUUGGAAAUUUGCAAAGUGAACGAUUAUAAACCUGUGAAAACUUACUUCUUAAACUAUCUUUGGUAAUCACUAGUUGUUUGUACAGUAUAAUGUUCAAACCGCAAGGUCAUUGUUCGUUAAGCUAAUCUACGGGUCUAGAAGAGUGAGUGAUGUGAAAAGUGGUUGUGCUUUUUAGUAUCGAAGGAUCUAAUUAACAAAUUAAAUAAAAUUAAAUGAUUUGGAGAAAAAGCUAAAAUUAACAAAGAAAGUAUUCAAUAUAUAUGCAGUGUUGGUAAAAAGUCAGGUAAAGGAAGCACCCAGUAACUAUAGAGAAAAAAUCGAAACAAAGACAAUUUUGCAGGUACGACUCUUACUGCGUUUGGCCGCAUCUCUCGUUUGCCAUACUUACCGAUUUCGGUCUUUGUUUCGUAUAAAUCUUCGUUUUAUGGCCGACACUAUUAGCCAAUUUUGAAUAUUUUCCAACUUUAUGUUCGCAAAAAAAAAAUUAACACAAUUCGCUUUCUAUGUAUAAAUUGGCUUUUUAAUUGAUAAAUGUUUUAAGAGCCCAAUGUCGGCAAAUUGGUCAUGUAUCUCUGCAACAUGCCAAUGCAUCAUAGUUUAGAAACCGUCCACCAAAUCAUACAGAUAUAUCACUCAUCACAGUGCUCAUUCAUAACGACAAAGUCGACAUACACAUUCUCAUACACCUAGUAUUGGUGGUAUAUAUGUAAGUGAACAAGAUAUUGAUAUGGCUACGACAACAACGGCAACAACUGAAAAUGCAUUGAAACACCCACAGCAACUGCAAUUAGCGGAGGCUGGUGGGGAUAGGCAGCAGCAGCAGCAGCAGCGUAUAAGCCAUAUAGCGGAGGAGUCAUCGACUAUAAAUGGGUGCGUUACACAGACAGCGGUAAAGGAGGAAAUUGACGAAGUGGAGCAACACACCCAAAAAGCGCAAAACACCAACAACAAAACAUACAGUUAUGAAAAUGAAGCUGUAGAAGGAACACCGGCUACACCUGCUGUGACAGCGAUGUCAGUAAUGGCCAUGAAUGAAGCACCAGAAUCUCGUUUGUGUGGAAAAAAAUUGUUGUUGUGUCGACGCUUUAAGGAUUGUGGUGGAAUUUUGCGUAACUUUAAUUCUUUGCCAUUAUUCGUAUAUGCGACAUCGCCAUCCACGCAUGCCAUCUCGGCCGAUGGCGUGGGCGUGGCUAAGGAGGCCGUAGCAGCGGCAGACGCUAUAGUUCUAAAGAAUAACGACUCCUAUGACCUUGCGCUUUGCCCCACAAACAAUAGCGGCUUUGCAACAACAACCGCAAUUAUUAGCGCCAUGGACUGUUUGCCCAUUAUGAAUGGCGGCAGUAGUAGUAAUAGCAGUGGCAUCGGCACACUCGGCCUUGGCGUUGCAAAUCAUCACAUCUUGUCUAACGGCAACAGCAGCACAGCGGCCGCUGUAAUGAGCGGCAGCACACCGACAGUCACCGCCGUUGUCGGUUCAUAUCCACAGCAACUCGCGAACUUGCAUGCACACCACCCGCAUCUGAAUUUGGUUGGCCAUCAUGCCGUAACACCGUACAGCAAUAAUUAUCCGCUGCAUCAUAGCAGCAGCCAUCAUCACAUACAGAGCGAGCAGACCAAGUCGCUGCAGGAGCUGCAGCAUGAAGUUGGUGCGCUGUUGGAAUUUCGCGAUCUGGUCAUUGAAACCUUUCCGGAUCUCAAGCAUAAAAUGGCGUCUAUGUCAUCAGCGACAGGUUCGUCCACAACGAACGCAACCGGUGGCGCUGUGUUGAGUAGCGCAUCGGGAACGGGCGCACACACGCUCGCCUGUGGUAGUGGCAGCGGCAGUGGUGGCAUGUCGAAUGCGUCGUUAGUAUCGAGACGCGAGUGGGAGCCCGGCAUACGCUUGAAGCGCAAAGUUUCGCAGAAAGAACCGUCCAUACCGGCAGCCAACGGCGCCACUGCUGCGGCCGUUGCAGCCGGCGAAUUAUCCUCAUCGUCGCUGACGCGUAGCCGCAGCAAUUCACAUAGCGGUAAAAAAGAGCCAAAGAGCGGAGAGAAUAACAACGGUAGUGUUGUUCAGGAUUCCGGUUUCUCCACGGAGACAAGUUCAUCGAAGGAGGGGCAUAGUGCUUCGUCCACAAAUGGUGCUAUGACGGGCCCCACCGCACUGAAUCGCCUCUCCUGCCACGAAUCGGACGACGAGCUGCUCAAUUUGCUCGAUGUCAUACAUCGUAAGUCAAAUCGUUUACGCGAAGAAAUGGAUCAGCUGCAGCAGUAUGAGCGCCAGAAUUUGCGCGGCGCCGGCAGCAAUCUUAGCAACAGCAACAAUAAUAAUCCAGCGGAUGAGUCGACAACAACAGUUGUUGCUGCAAGUGACUUGUCUGCACAUGCGACACGCAGUUCCUCGGUGUUGGCGAAGUCCAGCAGUAGCGGCAGCAGUAAUAUUACUGUAAAUGGUGGCGGUUUCACACCGAAAACCUUCCGUGAACAUGUAGAACGCCUCAACAAGGAGGAUAUAAAGCAGUUGCGUAAGGAACGCGAUCGCCUGCUCGAUAAGCUGGCCGAAAUGGAAGCGGAAACCUUAACCGGACGCAUUAAGGCGGCCAAAAUGAAUGAUCAAGUGGAGGAGCUGAUUAGCGUGAAAAAGGAUCUCGAGGAGCAGUUAAAGUUGGCCAUGGCGCAAAAACUUGAUUUAAGCGCGCGCGUGCAGCAACUGCAGUUGCAGCAACAGCCACAACAGUUCCAGAGUAAGAGUUCUUCAAGUCAAUCUGAUUAUUCGAGUCAACGCAACUUCUUAUCCUCCGCUACCACGGUGCUCUCCACUGGCAGCGCUGCUUCGGCACAGCUUUUAGAUGCUGGUACCGCUGCCGCCACCAACACUAGCACACUAACGAGCGCACAAAGUAGGCGUCAACAUACAUUCCAGCCAGUGGUGGUGAUCGAGCAGCAGCAACACAAUCAUCGUCCGUUACAUCCAACGCCGCCCGAGGACAUACACAUUGCAUUCCAUCAAAGCGCAAGCAGUGAUAGUAAAAAGCAGCAAUCCGAACAGAGUGAGCAGCAGCAAUUGGGCCGUCUGGAUGGUGUUGUAAGCACACCGGGCGGGCGCUACAGCAAAUGUCGCUUGAUCGAUUCAAAGCGCUUCGCCGCUAUACUAUUGGAAACGAGCGUAGUCGAGCUACAGCGGCAUCUGCUGACGCUCACUGUGCAAAAUCAGGCACUGAUGCAGAAGCUCGACUCGGCUACCAAGUCAAAAACUCAUUUAGCCAAAAGACUGGAUAAAUCAAAAGAUGAUGUGGAGGAUCUGCGUUUUCAAUUGGAAGAGAAGAACAUCGAGUUGGAGGGCACUAAGGCGCAAUUGCGCGUUUUGGAGUCACGCAUACACUCUGUAACGCCCAACAGUGGCGCGCCCACUAAUUCCUACUUACACUCUCAAAAUGAUUACGAAACCAAUCGGUCAUCAGCUUCCACCACGUUAAUGUUGAGUAGGCGUGGCAUCGGCAGCGGCGCUAGUGAUACUUUACAUUAUAGUGACUUGCGUUCGGCAACACCAAUUUCAACCACCACCACAACAAUGCCAAUGACAACAACAAUCGGUCAAAUGCCCGCACCACAGGUUACACAAAUAUCAACGCCCAGCAUGAAGGCAAUGAUUCACCUACCGAUGGAUGAACUCCAACAGCAUAGUAGUAGCACCGAAUCGGCACAUGAUCAUGAGUUGCAAGAGAGUGGCGAUACACAGACGACGGCAAGCAGACUGAUGAGCGCAAGCGUGGGUGGCAUUAGUCCGUUUGAGAGUGCGGCGCGCGGUAAACAAGUUAGCUCGGUCAGCAAGCCAAGCAAGAUUCCUUUGCCGGGCAGCAAAGCGGCAGCCUAUUUUGCAGGUAAACCACCUAGCGGACGUCCAUCUACUGCAGGUCGCUCACCUCCUUCCACCCACACAUACGGCAACUCGAACAAGUCGUCACUGUGUCGCAGUACCGGCAAUCUGUUAUACAGCAAAUCACCGAACAGUCUGAAACGUGCCGACUCCGCACAAAGUAUACGCAAAGACAACUCAUCGCUGAGUACCAAUACGAGUCGCAGCUCUACAUCUUCUUCCAUACCGUUGGCGACGCAUCACUUGUCAAAUGCUACCUCGAAGUCACCGAUUGGUACAGUCUGCAACGCGACACCAACUCCGUCCACGAGAGUGCUACAAAACUCUCCACUACCGAAGCUAAAGCGUGAAUCGCUCACCUCACGUGUACGCCAUUUGGAUUCAUUGUCGCGUGUACAUCAGCAUAAUCAACAUUCGAACGUCAGUAGUAAUAGUGUUGGUGGUGGCAGUGAUGUCUUCUGCACAUCACCCACAGUCUCGGCCUACAACACGGCGCACAACAACCAUAAUCACAGCAAUUCGACACUGCUAACGUCCACUUCGCCAACUGCGCUGUCCACCAGUUCGGCGAGUAGCUACAUUGUGAGCAGCACGCCAAAGCCCAGCGCCAUAGCAGCGCAUAUAAAUGCAACGCUGCGCAAGGAUACACAAUUGAAUACAAGCAAUUAUGGUGCACAACAAUUUUUGCGCCGCGCCACAGGUGGCAAUGUCGCCGCCGCCGCCACUAAUUCAGCUGGCUCUGGUCAAAGUGUGGUGAAUAGCAGUGCGACUGCGCGUCGCUUUAGCAGCGCCUCAGUGGUGGGUGCGCGCAUAGCGAGCCGUAGUCAGUCGCAAGAUGGCGGCAGUGGGGAGCAGCAACAACAACAACAGCAGCAGAGCGAUAGCGAUAGUGGCAAGCAUUCACUGCUCUAUGAGCUGCUGCCAGCUUACAAACCGAAUGAAAACUCUGUCAACUCCGCAACUGUACAAAAUUGGCGACAACAACAAUGGCAACAGGUGCUGACACAAGCCUUGAACAACCAUGGCACUGGUGCGGCCGAGCGCGUGGCUUACCAUCUCACAGACGGCCACAGCGUAGGCGGUAGCGCGCUUUCGCCCACCACCUACGCGACGCGUACGCAGCCGCUUCAGCUGAGCGUAAAUCUGCAGCUGAAGAGCAAAAGUAAGGAUCAUUAUAGUUUUGUGCGCGCCUACGAGUUGGAGGAGCAAACUAAAUUGCAACAACAACCGGUGCGUAAGAUGAACUCGCUGCUGCCGGAGGUCAGCAUACCCAGCUUUGAUUAUUACUACUCGAACGAAUCGCUGCGCAGUUCGGAUCGUGGCAGCGAUAAUUUGCUGGUGACCUUCGAUUAUGGCUAUAGUGACUCAUUGCUCGAGGCGACAAGCGGUAAUGAUGAUUUUAGCAUUGAGCAGAAGCAAUCACGCAUUGCUCGGCCCGAACUGCGUACGGUCUAUCCAAUCAAGGAGGAGUUGGAGAGCGCGCCACUGUGUGAGAACCUGAAUUUGUGGCAGCGCAAACAAGCGGCUGUCGGUUGUUUGGAUAAAUAUGAGGAUGAUGAUUACAGUGAUAGCUGGGAGCAAAAAGAGGAGGACGAAGAGGCGUAUGAGAAUAUUUGGUUUAAUACAGCGUUGACGCGCAGUCAACAGGCGGAACGCAAUAAAACGCGUUUUGGUUCUGAUGCAGCAUUCAAAGUGCAUCAUAUGCAACAUGAUGCAACUUUUGAGGAAUACGGAUAUGAUGAUGAUGCAGAGGAGGAGGAGGAGGUAGAACAGAGUAUCGAUGUUUCAUUAGAUGCGCGCAAGAACGGCACUGAGAGUAGUCAUAGCGCGGUCAGCGCUAAUAGUUUCUACUAUCGUCAGCUGGCGUUAGACCCGUGGGGCAAGGAGGCGGUUGUCAUUGAAGCGACGGUUGCACAGAAAGUGCAUGAAAAUGCAGCGGAGGCCGAAGAGGAAGAGGAAUUUUUUGAUAGCCUGAAUUAAGCGGCGUGUUAAGCACUAUAUGAUUCCAACUUUAUUAAUUUUGCUUAAAACUGUGUUUCUUUUAAUUGUUUGUGUGUUUCGCAUAGUUCAAUUUUAUAUUAAUUUCUUUUUAGCAAAAUAUUUUUUUUUAAAUUUUUUUUGUAUGCAAAUAUUUAAAUUUUUUUGAGAUAUUUAUUCAUUUAUUAAAAAUAGGCGCACUGAAUUAUUAAUCAUACAGUUAUUUAGUAAAGAAAUACAAAAUUUUCUUAGCAUAACUUUGAAAAAUGCAAAAUUUAUCAAAAGUUAAAAUUUGAUUUUGCAAAUAUUUUAAAAAAUUCAAAUUUAAAUUAGAAAAUGCAAUGUUUCGAAUUAAUAUUUGAUUUAUUUGUUGUUAAGCGUCAAUAGGUUUUCGCUGUAUUUUGAAUUUUUUUUGUAUCGUGCAUUGUAGAUUUUGUAUUUUUUCGCCUUUAAAAAUUAUAUUAUUUUUAUUUUAGCAUUUAUCCACAAAUAUGGCUACUUAUUUACAAUACUAACACAACACUUGCACUUAUGAUGUAUGUAUGAGACACUGUAAUACGUAUAUUUAUAAAUUUCUAAAUAAUAACUCAUUACUAAAAUUAUACAUAAUAUUAUAUUUAUAUACAUAUAACACACUGCAAUAACUUUAUUUCAUAAAUUUUUCUUAAAAAAAUAUUGAAAUUUUCUUUAGUAAUACACUUUCAAAGAUGUAUGUACGAGUAUGUACAUAUAUUGGUUUGAGCGUUUCAAAAUUGCAUUUUUGUUUUAAUAGUUGGUUAAAGUGCAGAAAAUAUACAAAAAAACAGUAUACUUUAAGUGAUUUAUUUAAUAUUUUGUUCAUUAUAAAAGCAGCUAUUUAUAUGUGGCUUAAUGGCGGAGUAGCUUAAGUCAAGUUUCGCGAGAAACUAGGCGUGGUAUUGUUGGCAUUAUAUAAGUAAAAGCGUUUAAAUAAACAUUGGACGUUUUCGAAAAUUAUAUUUUACGAUGAAAUUCUUUGAAUUUAUCUCACAAAAAUGUUUGUAUUAGAAAAAUUAUUUUUGGUUUAAAAUUUAAACCAAAUUCUUUAUAACCUCAAACUAACAUAAUCAACUUAAGCUACUUUUCCAUACAAACACAGUUAUGUUACACACCUAUUCGUUGCAAAUAAAUUUAAUUAAAUUUUCUAUCAUAGAAAAGUUGAAAUUGCAUAUCUCUAUAUAAACAAUUUAAUUACAAUUUCAAAUACUUUUAUAUUUACCUACAAAAAAUUGCAUAAAAAACAUGUCACAUUGCCUACCAUAGAAACCCAUGUCGCAUUACCGACCAUAUACAAUUUUAAAUUGUAUUACUAUUUAUAAAUAAUUGAAUUACAACUUUAAAUACUUUAUUGCAUGUAAGUUUGUUUUCAACUUGUUGUUAUUGUUGUACCGGCAGAAUUAUGCCAAGUUGACAGUUCUUUGCCAGAUAAACCCGGGUCCGUUCCGGUUACGUAGAAACGACUGUAGUGUGAACGGUUUUUAACUUCAGUUAUACGCAUAUUUGCAUAUUAUUAUUAUUCUAGUUUGUUUAUUUUUCCUUAUUAAAAUAUUUAUAUGCUACAUUACUAAAUAUUAAGAAAAAGUUCCUUAUUCGCAUUGUCGCUCAGAGAGUAGUAAACAUUUUGUAAAUGCGUCAAUAAAUUUGUAUUAAAGUUUUUUUAAAAAUAAUUAAAAUAAAUUAAAUGAAAAAUUUGGAAAAAUAACAACAACAAAGCAUUCAAGUAAUCAAAAGUAUAUUUUGCAUAUGUGAUUACAGCUUAGUAAUGACUACUUUUCUUAUAUUACAGUUAAGUGGAAAUAAUUCUAACGUUAGUCAUUAUAAAAAUCUUAUUGUGAGACAUAAAAGAUCCAAAAAGCAAAAGAAAACUAGUCUUAAAAGCACACGUGUGAAACUGGGUUAGUUGGCUGCGCGUUUUAAUUAUUUCUAACGUUAAAAACAUUAAAUUAUUGUAAAAAAAUUAAAUUGAGAAAAAAAUGCUUUAGAAGUAAUUAUAUACAUGGGUGUAGGUACGGCUGCGCAUGCUACAUACAUAUAUAAUAACAUAAAAAAUAAAUACAACAAAAUAAAUAAAACCUAAAAAUCAUUAAUUUUCAUAAUUAAUAAAUUAAUUAUAUUUAGUAUGAAUAUUUUUUAAGCAUUUGCAUGCAUAUUUUGUAUAAAAAAUGAAUUAAAUUAAUAUUUAAAGAUACGCAAGCCUAUUGUAACAGUUAAAUUACUUAACUGUGAAUUUAAUAAUAAAUUCUGUUUGAUAAAUUGCAUAAAAAUAACAUAAAUAAAUAUUUGUAAAUUUAUACUUAUAUAUUAAAAAAAUAUUUUUUUUUGCAAAUAAAAUAACUCUUUUGUAAUAUAAAUUAUUAUUAUUUUUAAUCAAAUUAAUUUUAAGCGCAAAUUGUGUAGAAAAAGUAAUAAUUUAAUACUUAGGCAACAAAAUAUGUUCAAUUUUUUUUGUUAAUUUUCUUAUAAAUAGUCUAUGAAAAAUGAUUUCAUUAUGCAAAUUUUAUAUUAAAGUAAUCACUUACAUAUAAAAAUAUAAUUUAUCACAUACUUUCUGCUAUUAUAUAUAUGUAUGUAUUAAGAAGCUCUUCAUAUAAUUUUUACCGUUAUAAUAUGUUCAUACAUAUAACAUGACACUGUAGCAAUACACAAACAGCCUCAUGAAAUGUAUGUGCGAUCAUAUAGAUACAUACAUAUGUGAGUAAAAUAUUAGCAACUUUGUAUAUAGACUUGAAGACUUGUGUGCGCGACUAUUCUUGACUAAAGCAUAUAUUUAUUAUUAUUAAAUGCAUAUGAUUGUAUUAUUAAAUGCAUCUAUAAUCCACAAGUACUAUAAGUCUACUUAUAAAUAUUAUAGUAACUACAAGUGUACUAUAAACAUUUAUCCUAUAUAUUCUAUAUUAUCAAUUAUACUUAUAAGUGCAUAUUUAGGUUUUUGUUUUGCUCUGCUAUUUGAGAAAUGAUUGCAAAUGAUUAUAUAUAACUAUUAUUGCAUUACUGAUUGAUUACAUAACUGUAAUGAUUGUAACUAUUAUUAUUAUAUAUUAUAUUUAUAUACAGCAAGAUAGUGCAGUUAAUAAAUAUACACACAUAUGUAAAUGAGAGAUCAUUUAAAAAUAUAAGGAAAUAAAUAUUAAAAUGUGAAAUAUUAA